CAGAGAAAGAAAUGCAGUGUGUCGCAUUGGCGGGCGUUGUUUGUCUUGUUCGCGAGGCCGAAACCCUUAUAACCAAACCCAACCAAAAAAAGUGGCUCUAAUCCUGUGUUCUCGUCACUUGCCACUCUUUACUCAAAAACCAAAAUGGACGAUAAAUCAGAUCCUAAAGCUGAUGCUACUGCAACGCCACUUCCCCGAAACGGAAAGAGGGAAGUUGAGGGUGUAGAUGAAAAGCAAGUGAGUGCAAAGAAGCAGAAGAGAGAAGAAGUCGCUGAGGAGCAAAAGAACAUUGAAGAAGUUAUUUCUGAUGAUUUCUUUUCAGAUUCUGAGCCGGAUAAGAGGAAUGUGUAUAUUGAUUGUGACAAUUCUGAAAAAAGUGAUGAAGAAGCACAAGAGAAAAAGAUGGAAGUUUUGAUGGAUGCUGUGUCAAAUGCUCAGGGACGUGAUUUAAAAUUGUUUGAAAAUGAUCUUUCUAGUUAUAAUUCAGAUGAGGAUGAGGAUGGCUCUGAUGUUAUUGAAAAGCUACAUAUGAUUGCAAAUCCGCUAUAACUACUCAGGAAAGUGUGAUCAUUUCAUAUUGCAUUUGCCUAAAUAUGCUAAAUGUUCAUUUGUUAUGACUUAUUGGAAUACAUAAUGGACUUGGGUGAUCGAUGUUAGGGAUGUGAAGAUGCUUGGUCUGUAAUUGAACAAUACCAAAUCAGUCAUAUAACAUGUUGUUUCCUGGAAUUUCGCAGCCUAAAACGCUAGCUACUCCAAAAGAAGAUGAUGCAUCAAAGACAAUAUAUACUGGAAACUUGUCAUACAGUGUGGAACGGGCUGAUAUGGAGGAUCUCUUCAAAGAGUGUGGAGAAAUUGUUGAUGUUCGUCUACAUACGGAUCAUGAAGGGAGGUUUAGAGGCUUUGGACAUGUUGAGUUUGCUACAGCUGAAGCAGCACAAAAAGCUCUUCAGUUGAAUAAUACAGAAUUGUUGAGAUGUCCUAUCAGAAUUGAUAUAGCUCAAGAAAAGGGAAAAUCUAACCCCAAUAGAAGCAGUUGGAGAUUCCAGAAGUGUGAAAGGAUUCAGGGCAUCAAAGGUACACAGAGUUCGGAGUAUUGUGAGGAAGAAAUUGAGGGAAUAGCUUCCAAAAUUCCUUGGGAAAGUCCAAAAAUGCUAGCUACUUGGAAAGAACAAAAUGAUACAUCAAAAACAAUAUAUGUGAGAAACUUGUCAUACAGUGCGGAACGGGCUGAUAUGGAAAUUCUUUUCAAAGAGUGUGGGGAAAUUAUUGAUGUUCAUCUAAAUACGGAUCAUGAAGGGAGGUUUAGUGGCUUUGGACAUGUUGAGUUUGCAACAGCAGAAGCUGCACGAAAAGCUCUUGGAUUGGAUAAUACAGAAUUAUUGAGACGUCGCAUUAGAGUUGGUAUAGCUCAAGAAAAGGGUGAAUAUGCUUCCAAUAGAAGAAUCUGGACCAACACAUUCCAGAAAAGUGAAAGAAUUCAGCCCAUCAAAGGUACAGAGAGUUCAGAGUCCUGUGAGGCAGAAAUUGAGGGAAAGGCUUCCAAAAGUCCUUGGGAAAUUCCUAAAAUGCUUGCUACUUUGGAAGAAAAAAGUGCUCCAUCAAAGAUAAUACGUGUCAGAAACUUGUCAUACAGAGUGGAACGGGCAGAUAUAGAAACUCUUUUCAAAGAGUGCGGGCAAAUUGUUGAUGUUCGUCUAAAUAUGGAUCAUGAAGGGAGGUUUAGAGGUUUUGGACAUGUUGAGUUUGCAACAGCAGAAGCUGCACAAAAAGCUCUUGAAUUGGACAAUACAGAAUUGCUGAGUCGUCGCAUUAGUGUUGGUAUAGCUCAAGAAAAGGGAGGGUAUACCUUCAAUAGAAGGAUUCAGCCCAUCAAAGGUGCAGAGAAUUCAGAGUACUGCGAGCAGGAUAUUGAGGGAAAAGCCUACAAAAGUCCUUGGGAAAAUCCUAAAAUGCUUGCUAGUUGGAAAGAAAAAAAUGAUCCAUCCAAGACAAUAUGUGUUAGAAACUUGUCAUACAGAGUGGAACGUGCUGAUAUGGAAAUUCUUUUCAAAGAGUGUGGAGAAAUUGUUGACGUUCAUCUACAUACAGAUCACGAGGGGAGGUUAAAUGGAUUUGGACAAGUUGAGUUUGCGACCGUAGAAGCUGCACAAAGAGCUCUUGAUUUGGAUAAUACAGAAUUGUUGAGACGACGCAUUAGAGUUGGUAUAGCUCGAGAAAAGGGUGAAUAUACUCACAAUAGAAGUAACUGUAGCAACUGGAGCAAUUCAUUCCAAACGAGUGGAAGAGUUCAGGCCAUGAAAGAUACAGAUCAUUUGGAGGACUGUGGAGAAGAAAUUGAGGAAAAAGCCUGGAAAACUCAGGAAAGUCCUACAACACUAGCUACUCCAAGAGAACAACAUGCUGCCUCGAAGACAAUAUUUGUUGGAAACUUGUCAUAUGGAGUGGGACGAGCUGAUGUGGAAUAUCUUUUCAAAGAAUGUGGAGAAAUUGUUGAUGUUCGUCUACAUACCGAUCAUGAAGGGAGGCCAAGAGGAUUUGGACAUGUUAAGUUUGCAACAGCUCAAGCUGUACAAAAAGCUCUUGAGUUGGAUAACACAGAAUUGUUAAGACGUCCCAUCAGAGUUGAAUUGGCUCGAGAAAAGGGUGAAUAUACCCACAAUAGUAGGAACAACUCAUUCCAGAAGAGUGAAAGAAUUCAGUCGCUAACAGUAUUUGUUAAGGGUUUUGAUAGAUCCCUUGCAGAAGAGAAGAUAAAAGCUAGCCUGGAAGAGCAUUUCAGGUCUUGUGGAGACAUUGCAAGGAUAUCAAUUCCAAAAUUUCAUAAUUCCGGGGAUGCUAAGGGGUUUGCUCACUUGGACUUCAAGGAUGUUGACAGUGUGAAGAAAGCUCUACAUCUUGAUCAAACUGAGCUGGGAGGUUAUCCCUUGUCUGUUGAAAAAGCAAAGCCUCGAUGUGAUAAUCAGCGUAGAUGUGGUGGUAGUCGUCAUCAGUUUGGUGGAAGGGAUGGAAGUGCUUAUAAUGGUAGAGUGGAUUGGGGGACAAGUGGUGGUGGUUGUGGGUGGCAUUCUUCAUUUUUCUGAUGCAGGCUCAGGACCUUAUAAUAUGCUAUGUUCACAAGGCCAAAUUUUCUUAUAAUGUAAAUAAGCACCAGUUUCUUUCUCAACCUCGUGAAGCUCAGUGGCAUGCUAUCAAAACCUGUCACUGUUGGAGAUGGCAAGGUUUAGAGCAGAGAGCUCUGAUACCAUGGAAGAGAAUAGAGAGUAAAAAAUGUAUUAUAGAGUGAAGAGUGAGUUAAAGAAUCUCGAAUUAUGGUUCCCCAUCAUCAAGAUGAAGUUUCUAGAAAAAGGAACAAAUGUUCAAAGAUAUACUCCAAGCAUUGAGGAAAGGAAAAAAAAUUCUAUUUUGAUUUCUCUAAUUUCUCGCCUUGUGUUGGUGACUUUGUCUCCUUUGGUUCUAUUGAAGAUAGACGGGUCUUCUAGCCCUUAACAUCAAAACCUUGCUGUAAAGAUCCUUGUACGACCUUGUUCUUCAUGUGGGAGGAGUUGAAUUUAAUACUCCUAUAUUCAUUCCUUGAUGAGAAACAAAAUGAAUUCUAAUGGGGUAGACAAAGUUGUGGGCCAUUGGUGGAGACCUUCACGAUUCACUUGAUGAUGUUGCUGAACUUAUUGAAUUGGCUAAACUUGAUCAAUCCGACUUCUAAGUUAUGCUUUUAUUGAAUGUGUGAAUGAGGGAGAUGAGGAUGAUACAGUUAGAAAGAGAAAGUGAAUAGUAGGCAAUAGAGUAAGACUUCUUUGAAUCCACCUAGAGAUACUUUUUGUGACUUUCUAACAUGGUUUAGACGAAAGUAUGUAAAUUUUCGGCGUGCUCGCAAGGGGAUAUGGGUGGGGAAAUAUAUAAUCUCAUGUAUUUCUUUGUAAAAUGUGAUUAUCAUCAUCUAUUGAUAAAGUUAUGCAAUAUAGUACAUUUAU